UUGAGGAAAAAAUACUCUCUCAAAGGCAUGGGUGAUGAGCGAGGAAAUAGGCUAUGGGGAUUUGGAGGAGUGUCUAUUUGUGGUGCUACGGCCAAAGAAAUUGAACAGUUGUCUAGAGACGGCAGCCAUUACAGUCUCUCUACUGGAAUUCUGCCUUCUCUCGGUGCUAGAACAACCAACCGCACAGUCAAGCUACGCAGAUUCAUCAUUCAUCCCAGUGAUCACCAUUAUAGGGCAUGGCAGAGUUUUCUGGCUGCACUGGUCAUCUAUACAGCUUGGGUGUGUCCAUUUGAGUUUGGCUUCCUUGAGAAACCAGAAAGACCACUGGCCAUCGCUGAUGAUAUUGUUAAUGCAUUCUUUGCAAUUGAUAUCGUUCUCAACUUCUUUGUAGCUUACCGGGAUAAAACCACAUAUGUAUUAGUUGAUAACCACAAAAGGAUUGCUAUGAAGUAUGCAAGAACUUGGAUGAUUUGUGAUGUCAUAUCAACAGUUCCUUCAGAACUUGCCAGGAAAAUCCCGAAACUUUUUGGUGAAUAUGAUUUAUUCUAUAUGUUUCGUCUCUGGCGUUUACGAAGAGUUAGUGCCUUGUUUUCCAGAUUGGAGAAAGAUAGGAAUAUCAAUUACUAUUGUGUCCGAUGUGCAAAGCUUAUAUGUGUCACUCUAUUUGCUGUUCACUGUGCUGGAUGCUUUUAUUAUCUUAUUGCAGCUCAUUAUCCAGACCCAAACAAGACAUGGAUUGGGGCAUCUAUGGAUGACUUCCUUAAUCAGAGUCUAUGGAAUCGUUAUAUCACUUCUAUUUAUUGGUCAAUAACUACUCUUACUACAGUAGGUUAUGGUGAUCUGCAUCCGGAGAAUACACGGGAGAUGAUCUUUGAUAUUUUUUACAUGUUUUUUAACUUGGGCCUCACAGCUUAUCUAAUAGGAAAUAUGACACUCUUGAUUGUCCACGAGACAAGCAGGACUAGACAGUUUAGAGACACAAUUCAAGCUGCUUCGAAUUUUGCACAGAGGAACCAAUUGCCUGCUCGGCUCCAAGAUCAGAUGGUAGCACACUUGUGCUUGAAAUACAGAACAGAUUCAGAGGGAGUGCAACAGCAAGAGACACUUGAUUCUCUUCCUAAAGCAAUCCGCUCAAGCAUUUCACAUUAUCUUUUCUACUCUCUAGUAGAUGGGGUUUACUUGUUCCAUGGCGUGUCAAAUGAUCUACUCUUCCAGCUGGUCUCAGAGAUGAAGGCAGAGUAUUUUCCUCCCAAAGAGGAUGUCAUUUUGCAGAAUGAAGCACCAACUGACUUCUAUAUUUUAGUAACAGGAGAUGUGGAUCUAUUGAUACUUAAAAAUGGAGCUGAACAGGUCAUAGGGGAGGUCAAGGCUGGUGAUCUUUGUGGUGAGAUUGGCGUUCUUUGUUACAGGCCUCAGCUAUUUACAGUACGAACAAAGAGCCUAACUCAGCUACUCAGAAUGAACCGCACAACAUUUUUGAACAUUGUCCAGGCCAAUGUUGGAGAUGGGACCAUAAUCAUGAAUAAUCUCCUGCAGCAUCUGAAGGAGAUGAAGGAUCCAAUUAUGGAAGGAGUUCUGCAGGAGACAGAAAAAAUGUUAGCUCGCGGUAGAAUGGACCUUCCUCUCACACUCUGCUUUGCCACACUUAGAGGUGACAACUUGUUAUUGCAUCACUUGUUGAAGCGGGGUCUAGAUCCAAAUGAAUCGGACAAAAAUGGGAGAUCAGCUUUGCAUAUAGCAGCAUCUAAAGGACUUGAUAAUUGUGUGCUUUUGCUAUUGGAUUUUGGGGCCAAUCCAAACAAUAGAGAUUCAGAAGGGAAUGUACCAUUAUGGGAGGCCAUUUUAGGGAAGCAUGAUUCAGUGAUGAAGCUACUCGUCAACAAUGGUGCUAAACUUUCAGCUGGUGAUGUGUGUCAAUUUGCCUGCAUUGCUGCUGAACAAAACAACUUGAAUUUGCUCAAGAAAAUUGUCCAUUAUGGUGGGGAUAUCACAAGUCCCAAUAUCAAUGGAUCAUCAGCCCUGCAUGUUGCGGUUUGUGAAGGAAACGUUGAAAUAGUAAAAUACCUCUUGGAUCAGGGGGCUAAUAUUGACCAAGUAGACCAACAUGGUUGGACCCCGAGGGACCUAGCAGUGCAGCAGGGACAUGAAGAUAUCAAAUUACUCUUUGAAUCCAAGAAACUGACAACAACUCAAACUAUCCCCGAGGAACAUCCUCCGUCCGGAGUUCAGUUUCUUGGAAGAUUCAAAAGCGAGCCAAUGAUAAUGCCUCCUAUGUUCCAAGGAGGCUCAUUUCUAGCAGGAGAUGGAUCAUGGGGCCGAUCACGUCCUAGACGAAGGACUAAUAACUUUCAUAACUCAUUAUUCGGGCUAAUGUCAGCUGUGCAGACCAAUGGGCGUGAUUUGUGCUUAUCCAAAAACCAGGCUGCAACGGCAGUGACAACCAAGUCUUAUAGUGCCAGAGUAACAGUGAGUUGCCCUGAGAAGGGAGAUUUUGCAGGGAAGCUUGUCUUACUUCCACAGACCUUCCAAGAGCUACUUGAAAUUGGUGCCACAAAGUACGGAAUCUUGCAGGCCAGAGUUCUAAACAAAGAUGGAGCUGAAAUUGAUGGCAUAGAAUUAAUUAGAGAUGGUGAUUUAUUAAUCUUUGCUAGUGAUGGAGGAGCCAAUGAACAUUGUUACCGUAGCGGUGGUGAUUCUUGAUAUGGAUAUAGAAAAUGCAAAUGCGAACUUUCCAUUUCCCAUAAUCAAAUUCA